GCAAAAGGCCGGUCCGAGAAGGAAUUGUUCGAGAGAGAAGUUUGUGUCGCAGGUCGAGCUUGACGUUUUUAUUCUGUGCUGGCUCCCUUCUCUGUCUUCUUUUACUCUCCCACUCAUCGCUUCUUCCAACUCACUUCUGAUCAGUCGGUGAGGUCUAACGCCCAGUUGCUGUUGCUCUCCGCCAGUAACUUGCCCCGGCUCAGCCAUUCCGCAACCGGCAACAACACGCCUCGUCCAUUUGUUCGCCGCCCCUCCCCACUCAACCACUUUUUCGUCCUACGUCCUUGACACAAAACAUGAUCGCUUCCUCUGCCUUCAAGAGACUCCCAGUGCGAAGAUUGGCUGCUGGUGCUUUGGCUGUACGAGCACCAUCCUCAGCAGUCCGCCCGACACCGAAGUUCUCCCAACGAGUUCCUCGAGCCGUGCCCGCCAUGGCCUCAUCCUUUUCAACCUCGGCCGUCAAGGGCUCCUCCGCGCCCAGCAAGGCCCCAGAGGCUGCCUAUGACCCCGAGAUCACAGAUAUCGCAUCUUACGUCCACAAGUACAAGAUCGACUCAGACGUUGCGCUCGAUACCUCCCGCUACAUCCUCCUUGACACAAUCGGCUGCGGUCUCGAAGCCCUCCGCUUCCCUCAAUGCUCAGCUCUUCUGGGUCCGACCGUCGAGGGCACGACAGUUCCCAAUGGAUCUCGGGUUCCAGGCACACCAUUUGUGCUUGACCCGAUCAAUGGUGCUUUCAACAUCGGUGCCAUGAUCCGAUGGCUGGAUUACAAUGAUUGUUGGUUGGCUGCCGAAUGGGGUCAUCCCUCGGACAACCUGGGAGCUAUUCUGGCAGUAGCAGACUGGAUUGCAAGAACAAACCGAGCUGGUGGCAACUUGGGCAAUGGCAAGAUUCCCACGAUCCGAGAUGUUCUGGAGGGUAUGAUCAAGGCACAUGAAAUCCAGGGAUGCUUGGCUCUUGAAAACUCCUUCAACCGAGUCGGCUUGGACCAUGUAAUGCUCGUCAAGGUUGCGUCUGCGGCUGUGGUGAGCAAGAUGCUUGGUCUCAGCGAGUCGGAAACAGCAGCUGCCGUGUCUCAGGCUUUCGUUGAUGGCCAGGCUCUCCGUACCUACCGACACUCGCCCAACACCAUGUCUCGUAAGUCUUGGGCUGCUGGUGAUGCUUGCCAGAGAGCUGUCAACCUGGCUCUCAAGGUCAAGCAAGGUCAAUCUGGAGUUCCUACUGUUCUGUCUGCCCCCGUCUGGGGUUUCUACGAUGUCCUUUUCAAGGGCAAGAAGUUCGAAUUCCAACGUCCAUACGGCUCUUAUGUCAUGGAGAAUGUUUUGUUCAAGGUAUCUUAUCCUGCUGAAUUCCAUUCUCAGACUGCGGUGGAGGCUGCUCAGAAGAUCUACAAGAUCCUUGCAGACAUGGGUAAAUCAGCAGCAGACAUCAAGGAGGUCACCAACCGCACCCACGAAGCUUGCAUCCGCAUCAUUGACAAGCAAUUCAAGCCCAUGGAUAACUUUGCAGACCGAGACCACUGCGUUCAAUACAUGGUUGCAACAAUGCUGUGCUUCAACCGCCUGGAAGCUACGGACUAUCUUGACGGCAGCGAGGCAGCUACUUCUCCGUUGUUAGAGAGUCUCCGCCAGAAGAUCAAGUGUGUUGAAGAUCCUCAAUUCACCAAGGACUACCACGACCCAGCUUUGAGAACCAUCUCUAACGCUCUGACUGUUACAUUGAACGACGGCACUGUAUUGGAUGAGGUGGUUGUCGAGGCACCACUUGGCCACCGACUCCGACGUGACGAAGCCAAGCCAGAAAUUCUGGCCAAAUUCAAGAGACAUCUAAGCCAUCACUUCCCUGAGUCCAAGAUCAAUGACUUGAUCCAAGUGUCGACUGACGCAUCGAAGCUUGACUCGAUGGAGGUUGACAAGUAUAUGGAUCUCUAUGUCAAGGAAAAGAUGGAAUGGUAAAAAAUGAUAGAUUUUUGAGGUUGUAUGCAUGACUAGGGUUACCCAAAAUUGGCGAACGUUAAAGAUGCUUUGAUGCGUAAAGGUUGAAAGGCAGUCGGAAUAUGUUGUAGAUAUGCAAUUUGAUGCGAUCUUGGUCUCGUUUCUUCUACACCUACAUAUUUCCAUCACGAUCACACUUG